CAUCUUUAACGCGGAGGAUUUGUGGUCCUUAACGAGAUCCUUAAGCAUUAAUGUUGAUUUAAUUAAAUGGAAAACAAAUAAAUGCUAGAUAAUCGAUCCUUAGUGGGUUGAUUUGGUGACCGAAAAUAUCAAGGGUUAUUAAAACACGUGUCAGCUGCUCAUUUAUUUGUAUUUUUUUUCUUUUUCUUUUCUUUCUUUCUUCUAAUUUAUUUUGUAACCGUUUCGUUCUUGUUUUCUCCGCGAGAAGAGACUGAUCGAAACCGACGACGGAAACGACGAUUCUGUCGGUCCACUCGACGUCUCCUCCGUCUUCGCCGUGAUUAGAAGGAUCGAAACCCACCACGGACGACGACUCUCUCGGUCCUCAGCGCGGCUCCUCCGUCUUGUCUUGUUUUCUCCGUCGGAAGAAGGGUCUAAAAUCCAUCACAAUCGACGCCUCUCUCGUUCCUCACCGCGACUCCUCCGUCUUGUCUCCUCACCGCGACUCCUUUGACUCCUCCGUCUUGUCUCCUCACGAAGACUCCUCACCGUGACUCCUCUGACUCCUCCGUCUUGUCUCCUCACCGCGACUCCUCUUACUCCUCCGUCUUGUCUCCUAACCGCGACUCCUCUGACUUGUCUCCGUUAGAAGAUGGAUCGAAACCCACCACAAUCGACUACUCUCUCGGAGCCCACCGCAUCUGCUCUGUCGGUUCUCGUCUUCUCCGAGUGAAGAAUGGUUCAAACCCAUGACUUCCCGUGGAGUUUGAGCUCUGGACAUGAGGUCCUCCGACUGAAGUCACAACCAGAAGGAGUUCUUUUUUGAAGUUCAGUGCAAACUGUGGGUGAGGUAUGUGUGCAAAAAUCGACUUUAAUUUCUUGCUUGCGACUGAUGAAUGCUUGUUAGAGUUAGGAUGAAUGCUUGGGUUAGUGGUUAGUAGGUAGAGUGAUGAAUGCUUGCCACAAGUGGUUAGUUUAAUGAAUGCUUUGUGAUGAAUGCUUGUUUUAGUGUUGUAAUAGGAUGUGGUUAGGUAAUAAAUAUGGUAGUUACAUGUCUUCUCAGAAUGAAGUUGAAUUCUUUCGACAAAAGGAAGAUGCUCUCGGCCGGCUUAGUCUCUCUCCACUUCAAAAGUGUACAGCAGCCAUUCGUGUCUUGGCAUACGGUAACGCCGCUGAUGCUGUUGACGAAUACCUCCGACUCGGUGAAACAACUACUCGUUCAUGUGUGGAACAUUUUGUCGAAGAAAUAAUAAAUUUAUUCGGUGAAGAGUACCUAAGAAGACCAACACCGGCUGAUCUUCAACGUCUACUUGAAGUUGGUGAGUUCCGUGGAUUUCCCGGUAUGAUAGGAAGCAUCGAUUGUAUGCAUUGGGAGUGGAAGAAUUGUCCCACCGCUUGGAAAGGGCAAUAUUCACGUGGUUCCGGAAAACCCACAAUUGUUUUAGAAGCGGUUGCUUCUUUUGAUCUCUGGAUAUGGCAUGCGUUUUUUGGACCGCCAGGUACUUUAAAUGAUAUCAAUGUUCUUGACCGCUCACCUGUUUUUGAUGAUAUAAUACAAGGUCACGCUCCGGCAGUCACUUAUUAUGUUAAUGGAAGGGAGUAUCAUUUGGCUUACUAUCUCACCGACGGUAUUUAUCCGAAAUGGGCUACUUUUAUCCAAUCAAUUCGGGAGCCACAAGGGCCGAAAGCGGUUUUAUUUGCUAAACACCAAGAAGCUAUCCGAAAAGAUGUCGAGCGUGCUUUCGGAGUCUUGCAAGCUCGCUUUGCAAUUGUUAAAAACCCGGCACUUUUUUGGGACAAAGGCAAAAUUGGGAAUAUUAUGAGAGCAUGUAUCAUACUCCAUAAUAAGAUAGUGGAAGAUGAACGAGAUGGAUAUACUCUGUCUAAUCUUUCCGAGUUCCAACACGGAGACGACCCCGGAAGUUCACAUGUCGAUCUCGAUUUUCAAACGGAUAUCCCUUCAAAUAUCACCAAUAUGAUGGGUGCUCGAAGUAGAAUUCGUGAUCAACAUAAGCAUCAACAACUUAAAGCGGAUUUGGUUGAACAUAUAUGGCAUAAAUUUGGACAUAAUGAAGACAUCAACUGA